UUUGAGGGUUAAGCUGGGAUCACUGUAGUUAAUGUUUGCUAGUUCUCUUGCAGACUUGUUUGUAAUUUUAGUGUAAGGCAGGGUUAUGAGAAAUGUCGUGCAGGGGAUUUAAUUUUUGUUUUGCUUUGAACAGGUGGUCUUAGAGGAAGAAACAGUAAUUAAGGAAGAAAUACCUGAAACCAAACAUGAACAUGAGGAUGAGAUUACCAGACUCACAGACUCUGAGGCAAGCAUAAACUAUGAUCCGCUAAAUUCUGUGGAUGAUAAAGGUGGUACAGGAGGCAUGGCGGGGAUGUUCAGUCCUCAGAUAAUAUCAAGUCAUCCACAAAAUGUAUUACAAGAUAUUAUGGUGCAAGGAGUACCUGGACCCUCAGCACUGCCAGCGGAAGCUCUGGCUGGGUGGGACGCCAUGACGGGCUUCUCCCUGGAAGGUCUCCCUUCAGAUGAAUCCAGAUCUGCCCAGGCAAUGGGACCGACCUUGAGAAGUUCCUCUGCUCCCACUGCUGGAAACUUUGACUCCUGCCAGGACGGGGGAAGUUCCUCAGCAAAUAGAAUGAUGGACGGCAAGUGGGUGUGCAGAUACCCUUUUUGUGGCUACACUACUAACAAAGCUUCAGUACUCCGGGGACAUAUGAGAAUUCAUACUGGUGAAAAACCUUUUUCUUGCCCUUAUUGCCCCCACAGAACUGCACAAAGAGGCAACCUGAAUGCUCAUAUUAGAUAUAAGCAUAGGCUGUUUAGUGGCAAUAAUUCAAGUUUGUGUAUGCAGCAGAAGUGAAAACAAUUCUGACACUGGAAAGAGCUCAUCAGUGAUUUGAGAGUUAAUGUUUUAAUAGAUGAUUUUUAAUAUUAUGACGUGUGUUUAGUGUGGUCACUGAUGGUGGCUAAAUCAAAACAUUUAGUGCAACUUGUGUCUUACAUAACAAGCUGUCUUGAAGAUGGUGAUGUUUGUGGCAUACUUAGCUUCAAGGCCUGGUAGUGCAACUAUAAGUAAGGGGCUUAUCAAUAAUAUUUGAAUAUGUAUUGAUAAAUAAAGCCCAAGGCUGAAGAUGUGGUUUCUCUG